AUGGGGGCGGCCGCACGGGACUGGGACGAGAAUGUGUUGCCCCGUGCCACUGCCAUAUCAAUUCCCAAACACUUCCGCAGGUCUCAGAAACCUGGUGUCUCUUCAAAAGCGGCACAUAAAAAGAUGGUGCGCAUGAAUGUUCUAGCAGAUUGCCUGAAAACCCUCGUCAACGCUGAGAAGCGGGGACGCAGGCAGGUUCUCAUCCGUCCAUCGUCUAAGGUCAUCAUCAAGUUCCUGCAGUGCAUGCAGAGGAGAGGAUACAUCGGCGACUUCGAAAUCGUGGAUGAUCACCGCGCGGGCAAAAUCGUCAUCGAGCUCCUUGGCAGAAUCAACAAGUGUGGUGUUAUCUCCCCCAGAUUCGAUAUCAAAGUCGACAAGAUCGAGCAGUUCUGCUCUAACUUGCUCCCGUCCCGACAGUUCGGUCACUUGGUGCUGACGACUGCGUACGGCAUCAUGGACCACGAGGAGGCACGUCGCAAGCACACCGGGGGGAAGAUCUUGGGUUACUUUUUCUAA